GAGCUCUCCUUAUCUAUCGACUCGGCACGGUCUCCAGGUGUUGAUUUCAUCCACUCAUGCCUUGCCUUGCGUGCCUUUCUCUGCCCCUCCUUUGACAUGCGGAAAAUGCCUCAUGGCUUGCAGCCCAAUGCCAAUCAAUCCCGUGGUCGGACAGGGAUGAAGCAACCCCAUGUCUACGAAGUUUUCAGCCUCGUCACGUGAUGAGACCAUUUGAAGACCCCGUCCACCAGCCAAGUGACGAGGUGUCCAGACCAGCCAGCGCUCAUUCCAUUUCCCUUCACUUCCAUCCCCCCUCACGCAACAACCAUGGCCGAUCAACUAUUGGACCAGGUGCGCGAGCUUGCUGAGGGCCAAAUUGACUUUGAGGGUCAGAAGCUAGCUGAAUUGCUGGCAACAGCUGUGCUUGCAACUGUUGGGGCUAUCUCAUUCAUCGUCGGCUUCUUCCUCCAAGACAUCAAACUUUCACUCUACAUUGGACUCGGGGGAACUGCUUUUAGCUUGCUCCUCAUCGUGCCCCCAUGGCCCUUCUUCAACCGACAUCCCGUCAAGUGGCUACCUUUAGCAGGGACUGAAACAAAGUCGCAAGGCAUCUUGGUGGAUGGAAAAGUUGUUGGGUGA